AUGGCACCCCACACGUGGUUCGAUGCAGCGCGGGCCAACAAUUGUGCACUGAUAAUGGAGACAGUGGAUGUCUACGCUAGGUCCGUUUCCGAUGAGGGAGAUACGGCGCUCAUUCUGGCUGCAGAGAACAACGCCCUAGAUGUUGCUAAGGUGCUUAUCCCGAGGGAGGUAUGCAUGGUCAACAAGGCUGGACUAACAGCACUUAUGCAGGCCGCGCUUAUGAACUGCGCAGAGACGGCAGAGCUCUUAGCACCACUCGAGGCUAAUAUAUCUAUGCCGGACGGGCGUGACGCCUUCAUGUUGGCCUCGUCUCGCGGGAACAUUGAGGUUAUGAAGGUGAUUCACCCGUACUUUGCAUUACGAACCGAUCAGUCAGGUUUUUCCGCUCUUGAUCACGCUGUUCUAGAGAACCGGGAACAGGCCGUGAAAUUCAUCCUUCAAAUGCGUGUAACCACUCUUAAGGACCUUGAGACCGCUCUCUUUCUUGCUGUAGAAAAGGAAUACACACACAUCCACGACUUACUACGGGAGAAAUCUGCAUCACUUCUCAGUUCUAAUUCGCGCGAUAGCCACCGCUAUGAUCAUCUUAUCAGGAACCCUUCUCUAGGAAAUAGCUUUAUGCAGGCAUCCACGGUAUCUCAAACGACAAGGUCGGAUGAGAGAGCCGUCAGUUUCUCACAAAACACUUCACCUCGCAGUUCAGUAGCAACGGACAAGGCAGGCGCCGCGACCCUGGACCAGGCAGAUGAUGCUGACAAUCUGGCGAUUACUACGCUGCGAAACUCGAACAAUCUUCUUCGGAAAGAGAAUGACCGCUUGAAAGAGCAAGUAAAAACACUACAGGAACAGCUUAACGCUUCAGCUGAUAUAAUUAGUGUCAUAUCUGCCACAAACUCGCCUCAUGGGAACCCGUUCAGCGUGGACUCAGAGAUCCUCAAUAGACGGGCAGGCUCUCUUCGCAUGCCUGCGGAGAGCGACACGGAUGAUAUGGAUACCCUGAAGAGGUGGUAUGACCAGCAACUUGCAAGCGAACGAACAAGAGCAGAUGCACUUGAGAGCAAACUGCGAGACUAUAUUAAAGCGACUAAGCUCGAUGGCGGAUCCGAUUACCUCAAAAUAGCAAUCUCUGAAAGAGACAAAGUAAUUGCCCAGCUAGUUCAUGAAUUCGUCGAUAGGAUGGCAGAGUUGAGCCUUAGUGGCGAGUCUGACAGAAGCACAACACAGCUUCAGAAAGACAUCGGAGAUAAUGUUUCGUCGGACGUGGACGUUGUUCUCAUAGAGAACCCGCACCUAAAGGUUCUGCGUAGUUUGCUUGAGCGACUGUGUGGUAAUAUGAACAAAGCAUAUUUGUCUGAAGGUAGAAAGGAAGCUCCUGAAGUGUUAGAGCUAAGUGUUGCAAGGAUCAGAACUCCAUUAGAUGGCUCUCAAGAACUGUACCCUUGCGCUGUGGAACCAGUUAACAGAUUUGGGCCACAUUCUUCAGAGCAAUUAUAUCCGCAGAAACUCGUUGAAACCUCGGACAAGUCUGUGGAGACAUCUACUACUGAUCCCGUUGUGACAAGAAAUCAACAGCAGCCUGAUUCUGAGAGCUGCUCUCUUCUCAUUCCUGACAUGACUAUCGGAGCCAUAGCUUCCCGGGAGGCACAAAACCAAAAAGAAACUAUUCCACCUACCCCCGUGAUAGACAAUUUCAAAGGGGUUGAGUAUUACAAAGAGCUUCUAAAGCAAAAGGAAGCUGAAAUUGCACGAUUGAGUUUAAACACCCUUGCGCCUGUUACAGUUCCAGAAGGGGAUGACCCAGACGCCCUUAAAAGAAUCAUAAUGGCACGAAUGCACGAUAUAAGAUGCUUGAUUGUGGAGAAUAACCAAUUGGAGAAGGACGUUGCCACGCUAAAGCAAGAGUUGAAUCAAAAUGAUUCUGAACAGUUAACAAAACAGUUGAAGGAGAAGGAAGAUCAAAUAUCGAAUCUUCAGCGAGAACUUUUUAACACAAUACAGCUUCAAACACGGCCCAUAACAAUCCAUGGUUGUACCUCUGAGGAACAUAAACAAAAGCUAGAAGAGCUGUCAAGAGCAAACGAUGCCCUCGCACGGGAAAAUGCACGGCUGUCCAAUGCACUUGUAACAGCAAAGGCAGGAACAGAUCGUGACAGACUGAAGGAGCUCACAAACUCUAACCGCAUUCUUCUUGAUGAGCUACACUCAAAAGACGAAGAAAUCGAAACGCUGAAAAUGAGCAUGACCCUAUCUGAAUCCGUCGUAUCUCCAAAUACAACGCUUGAAAGACUGGAUGCUCUCACAAACCAAUUGAGUGAGCGUGAUGCAACAAUCCAGUCUUUACUGGAGUCACUCAGAGCACAAGAAGAAGCCUUUGUUGGUUUGCAAGCUGUCUUAAGGGAUAAGGAAGCAGAGGUCGAGAGCAUGCGCAAUGCAACAAUAUCUCAAGAGCGAGCAGUUACACACGUUAUUACAGCCUCACAGAUUCAAACUAACUCUGCUCGAAAUAGCAGAACUCUGUCACCUAUUCUUUAUCGAGAAGACGACGAGACCCUAACUCUUAGAAAGUCUCUACGCACAACAACUGCAGAGCUAUCAUCCUUGAAAGAGAAACUGAGUGAGGUAGGUCUCUUGGAGGAUGGAAGCCUGGAUAUCAAGGCUUUGAAGGCAAGCACUAAGCGUAUUGGCGCACGCCUAAGUAUUGACGACAAGCCUGCAGAAACAGAGCGAAUCUCGAAGUGCGAUGACUUUAGUCAGAAGUUUGUCGGAAUCGCUGAUGAGAGCCCCUUCAUCGACGUCAAGAAGUAA